GUAAGACUAGCCUCAUGCUUAUUUGACUGAGAAACGAAGCGAGUGAGGCUAAUAAUCAAUCAGUUUACAUUGUAAUCUCUUCUUCAUAUUGCUUUGCUUCUCGGUAACCCUUUUGAUUUUCUCCACAGAGCAUAUAACAAAGUUGCCUGGCCUCAUUCACUGUUUGCCACAAAAAGCGUCUAUCCCGCAUCGUUGUACACCGUAUUCCGUAGUCUCGGCUUAUUCACGGCUUUGUUGAGCGGCUUCCACUAUCGCCUGUUUCUUUCUAUUGACAUCAGACACCAUGUUCACCGGUAUUGUUGAAGAGAUCGGAACCAUCUCUCGGAUCGAGAAUGAUGCCGCCACCAGUAGCUCGGUGAUGACCGUCACCAUCUCCCCCGGGUCCAAUCUUCUCACAGACUGCCACGAGGGCGACUCCAUCGCCGUCAACGGCGUCUGCUUGACCGUGACUUCUUUCACCAAGGACACAUUCACGAUCGGUGUCGCACCCGAGACGCUGCGCAUCACCAACCUCGGCACGCUCGUAGAGUCCAGCAAGGUGAACUUGGAGCGUGCCGUCAGAGCUGACACCCGCAUGGGCGGUCACUUUGUCCAGGGCCAUGUUGACACAACUGCCGAAAUCCUCUCAGUAACGCCUGAUGGCAAUGCUCUCACUUUCCGAUUCCAGCCAAAGAAGAGGGACUUCUUGCGAUAUAUUGUGCACAAGGGUUAUAUCGGCAUUGACGGAACUAGCUUGACUGUUACACAAGUCAACGAUGCUGAAGGAUGGUGGGAAAUCAUGUUGAUUACAUACUCUCAGGAGAGAGUUGUCCUGGCAAACAAGGUCAAGGGAGAUACGGUCAACAUCGAGGUGGACAUGAUGGCCAAGUAUGCUGAGAAGUCCCUGGGCGGUAUUCUUGGCGACGGCAAUGCUUCUUCGAUCCCUCUUCUUGAGAAGAUUGUUGAGCGUGUCAUCGCAAAGACCCAGGGCACAAAGCAGUAAUAUUGCAGCGUUAGUAAGGGUUAGGGAUAUUUAUAUAUAGAGGUUAAAAUGUGUGAAGCGACCAAGUUCAACUUGCGAUGAACUCUCAAGCGUCUCCCCAAACUUCUGCAAUCUUGUGACUCAGGGGUCUGGAUAUCUUUUUACGUCCAAUCAGGUGACUCAGGUCGCUGCAUA